GUUAAUUGGAUUGUAAGAUUACCUAUCAUAAGAUUUGAUACCAUUUUUAACUAUAUGUUAAGCAUCCAAGCCUUUAAACAAGAACGACAUGUCGGAACCACAACCUGAAGACAACCGCCCAGCAUGGGCACGCAUCUCAUUUCCAUCAGGUUGGAACAGCGAGCGGUUUUUAAAUCUCACCGUUCAAGAUUUUAGCCAAGUCUCAGAAGAUGAACGCAAACAGUUAAAAGAUAGUAUUCGAAGAUUUCCCUUCUCGCAAGAAUAUACCAAAUUGAGUGAUCUUAAUAAAGGCCUCUGGGAAGCCAAUGAGCGGCCUCCUACGCCCCCGUCAUAUGUGCCAUCUGGAUGGACUGUGAACCAAGCGCGAGCCCUUAGCUUGGACCUCGUCACGAAAUUAUCGGAAGAUGAACAACGAUUAUGGGCUGCAGGAAAGACGGCCGACAGCGCCCUGAGAGCACACAAACAAGGCCAACUACCUGCUAAACCUCCGUCGUAUAUACCUACAGGUUGGUCUACCGAGCAAGCAAUAUUCCCUACCUUUGAGAUAUUGUCGCAGCUCUCGCACCAGGACCUCACAAAAUACAUGGAAGCUCGAAACCAGGCGAAUAUGGCAUUAUCACCUAGUAUAACAUCCCCUCAAGAAAUACACACAGCUCCAUCACCACUAGUUCAAACACUCCAACGGGCGGGCUUUCCCUCAUGGGGUUUUAUUAUCGUACGGACUUACUACGCUUCUGAGAGCCGCUGGGAGGAAUUCCAGGAGAGACUCAGUGCAAUCUGCGAGAAACAACUUGAUGAGGAGACGGGUGAAGAUCUUGAGAAGAUUAAAGAAGCUCUCGAAUUCAAGACGAUCGAAGACCCGCGGCUUGAAGGUGUGAGUGCUGAAGAGGCUAGAAAGCAUUUUCACAUAGCUAAAUCGAUGGGGGGUGUCGCUGCGGGGUUCGAACUUGGUGUCCUGCUCAUGGUUGGCGCAGGGACUGUGGACUCGGUAUUAAAAGAUGAAACCAAAGGCCAUCAGUCCUCCUAUGUUACGGUAGUUGACGUUACUGAGUUCAGUCAAGAGGGAGGUUACCAAGGGCACUUUAAGGUUUCUUUGGACGCGUUGCUUUGCGAGUUUUACCCUAAAAUUUCUAUGGGACUCAGCCCAAGAGAUCUUUGUUCUAUGAUGGACGAGGAGGAUGGAAUCUGGAUAGGAGAUGAUGAGUGAAGACAUGUUUCUCUAGGGGGUAAAAUGCCAAGGCUCGUAGUCGGAGCCUUACCAAUAAUGCUCAUUGGCGGAAACGUUUUGAGAAUAACAUGAACUGAUA